UCUAUCAAUCAUCAUCAACUCAAGUUAGUGGCAACAACCAUCGAGAUGUGGCGCCUUCAUUUGUUCCUAAUCCUCUCCACCUGCUUCCUGGUGCCCCACGAUGCCAAGCCCACGAAGCGAUCCCCAGUGGGAUUUUCAUCGACCCCACUGGCCUCGCUGCUCCUGGAAACGGAAGCUAGCAAUGGAACCACGGAUCUACCCACAAGUACCGAAACUACGACCCUGAGGACUCAACGAGUGACAAACAUUGGACGAUUGGCCUCCAAGGAUCUUGCCGAUUUGCUUUUGGCCAGUAUGCAAGCACGGGGUGCCAACUUGACCUCCUUCCAGGAAUCCACCAUGAAAUCGCUGCGCAACGAGGCGGUCAAGGAUACGAAGGGCAACAAUGUGCUCCUGCAGAUUGGCAUGGAUGUAAUCAUUGACAUCUUGAUCGGAGCUCGUGAUAACGCCACUUGUGAAAGGAUCAUCCAGGACAUUGAUCAGUCACAGGACCGCAACAGCCUGACCUUAACACUCAAAUCGUUUUUGGCCCUGUGCUUCUUUAACGGCAUCGAAUGCGCUAAUGGUGAGGUGAGCCAAGUGAUCAAGACCACCCACUUGCGCCAAAAGCAGCAGAACAAGAUCGCUCAGGAUGAUCAUCAGCAGGCGGAGGGCUCGGGUCUUCGCACCGCCCGCCGGGUGGGCGUGGUCAAGGACGACCGCAACUCGGUGCUAAAAUUCAUGCAGGCACGCAACAUCAACGAACUGUCCACCAUCCUUAAUACUCUGCUGCAGGUGUGCGGAGCCUCGAGCGGCGAGGCACACAAAAUCAUCAGGAAUUUGCGAGAGAUGGGUCCCGAUAGCGUCAGCUUGUUGCAAGUGAACGCUUUCAGCAUGCUUUCCGUAUCACUUUUGGACAGUCUAUCGACCGUUGCGGAGGGUAAGACCAGCGGGUUGUGCUCUGCCGCCCCAGAAAGCUGGAUCGUCCGUCUGCUGGCAAUGGGCGUGGACAAAGUGGUGCUUAUGGGCCUGAUGACCGCCCUUGAUCGCACUAUUGUCAACUCCACUACCGAUGAACUUAAUAAUGCCGCAGCGCUCAACAGCAUCAAUGGUGGCGAUCUCCCCGAUUUGAAGUCUAAGUUUGACCAAAAGACAGCGGCCAAGCGUGCCAUUUUGGAUUCUGGCGUUGGUAACGACUUAAACCUGGCGCCUUCAGUGCAGGAAAUUGGCAAUCUGAAUACAAUCAAUGAUCUUAUUAGUGCCAAUGUGCCCGUUGAAGCUAUUAUCCCUGUGAUCUCAGAUAUUAAGGGUUCCAGUUUUACCGGCAACACUCUCAACCAGGGAUCUGAUGUAGUCUUUAAUGGAGAUAAAAACAAUUUUAGCCGCCUAGUGGGUGCAAAACUUCCCAUUCUUGCGAGUGUUCCGAUUUUGUCCCAAAUAAACAGUGAAAGUUCGAGCUCAUCGGGCGUGGGUAAUAAUUUCAACUUGGCACCAUCAGUUCAAGCCAUUGGGAAUUCCAACUCUAUUAAUGAGCUCAUUAGCUCUAGUAGUUCGGGUUCUUCUGGGACUUCAACGUCGGGCUCUACGGGUUCGGGUUCCACAACAUCUUCCUCUGGCACAGCUAGUUCUUCCGGCUCAUCCGUAAUUGGCAACAAUGUGAAUGUUAAAGGCGAUACCAUAAAUGGAAAUAAGAAUUUCCUUUUCAAACUACUUGAUCUUGGUCUGCCGAUCUCCUUGGCCGCUCCGGUUUUGAGUAUCAUAAAUCAGGGCUCUUCCACUGGUUCAUCGACUGGUUCUUCCUCUGGUUCUUCUACUGGUUCAUCUUCUGGUUCUUCGGGCACUACUUCAACUGGUUCUUCGAAUGGGUCUUCAAGUGGCUCCUCAGGCGCCUCAGUGGGAAAUAAUGCUAACAUCGACCCCAGCGUUGAUAUUGUUGGAAAUAACAACCAAAUUUCCAAGGUCGUUGAUGCCAACGUUGAUGUGUUGGCAAAUGCCCCGGUCCUUAGCCAAAUAACUGGAGCUGGCUUUGCAAAUAAUCUGAAUCAAAAAUCCAAUGUACGUAUUAGAGGUAAUAACAAUAAUAUUGUGAAGGCUGUAGACGUCAAUGCUCCCGUUUUGGCGGCUGUUUCGGCGAUCAGCAGCAUCACCAAUGCCGGUGGAUCUUCCAGUGGCGGAUCCAGCAGUGGAUCUUCUGGAAGCGGAUCCUCCUCUUCGGGAGCUUUGGGUGGACUAAGUGGUCUCACAGGAGGCUCAGGAUCCUCUUCUGAUGGCCUUCUCGGAGGUCUCCUUGGCAAUGUCGUUGGCGGCGUGGUACCCGCUGUUGGAGGAGUUGUCGGCGGCGUCGUUAAAACCGUGGGGCCCGUUCUUGGAGGUGUCGUGAAGACAGUGGAGCCUGUUGUUGGCAAUCUGGUUGGCACCGUUGGCGGAGUUCUUGGUGGUGUGACUGGCGGUUCUUCAAGUUCCUCAAGUCCUCUAGGCGGCGUUACCAAUCUUUUGGGUGGUGGCAGUUCCACCUCGAACGGUUCCUCCUCCGUAAUUGGCAACAGUGCCAGCAGCGGUCCUAAUACAUUAAUCACUGGCAACAAUAACAACAUCGUACGAUUGGUGGAUGUCAAUGGAUUGGUCCUUGCUGACAUACCCAUCUUGAGCAGCAUAACUAACCUUUUGGGAGUGACAGGACUAAUCGGAAACUCAGCCAACAAGGGUCCCAAGACUGUGGUUAUUGGUGACAAUAAUCGUAUUGUGAAGCUGAUCAACGUUGAUCUGUGGGUGUUGGCUUUCCUUGACGUUCUAAACAUAAUCCGCGGAAGUGGAGGUGUUUGCAACCAGAUUAACUCUGGACCUAACACCGAGAUCAUUGGCAAUAACAACGAUGUGGUUCAACUGGUUGAUGUGGAUUUGAGCGUGUUGCUUGUGGUUGAUUUGCUGAGUCACUUGAUCACCACUGUGGCCAAUGACUGCAGCGGCACCACGACAGUCACACCCAUUACAAGUCCACCCACUCAGCCACCUACUGAGCCGCCAACGCAGCCUCCCACUCAGCCACCUACUCAGCGUCCAACUGAGCCACCUACUCAGCGUCCAACUGAGCCACCUACUCAGGCCCCAACUGAGCGCCCCACCUAUGGGCCGCCCACUAAUCCGCCUCCCACAAAUCAGCCUCCUACCAAUCAGCCUCCUACCAAUCAGCCUCCCACCAAUCAGCCUCCCACAAAUCAGCCUCCCACCAACCAACCUCCUACCAAUGAGCCACCUACCAACAGGCCACCCACCGAUCAGCCACCCACCAACCGCCCACCGUCGCCCAGUCCCAACAACUGCUAUCGCAGAUACUGCCGCAAGUGGCGCACUCGUCCCAGCUACUUGUGCUACAAGAACUGCGGUGGUGCCUUCGUCUACAAGCCCUAAAUCAGUAACAGUGCACCAUCACCGCCACCACUACCGAAACCGAGGGAACCACCAAAACCACUGGCUGCACAGGUAUUCAAUCUUGUUAGGCGUGGCUCUGCCAGCCUCACUGCCUUUGGGCAUUUAUUUAUUUUUUGUACUUUCUAAGCAAAGGUUGUUUA